GAAUUUUUCUAAUUCGUAUCUCAAUCACACAUUUGAAUCCGAAAAUUUUAGGUUUCCUCUUUCCAAGAAAAACAGUAGUACAGGAAAAUGUGAAAAAUUAAUCGUCAGAAAAUCGUAUGAAAUUUAUGAGAUAAGUUUCGAAAAUUGUACAUGAAUGGAACGGUCAUCUAGAAAUUUAUAGCCGUCCUCAAGCAGUAGAAAAUUAUAGGCAAUAUUUGCUUCUCCGAACCGACCUUUCGGUCUCUCAAAUUAUGAGAAUCACGGCGAGAUGCCCGCUAAAACAGAGCUGGAAUUUACCUUUCUUGAGCCCAGAAUCGGUUGUCUAAGACAAAACACUAAACACUCACGAAGCGUUUUCAUGCAUGUACACAAUAUUCUUAUAUUAACACGAGCAGCACGACAUACCUGUAAAUUCUGUCUGUCAACAACUUCAGGAAAUCACACAAUUAACCUCGUUCGCGGAACUGAUAAAACUAUCCACAACCAACCUGGCACAAUGUUUCCACACUUAAUACGGGCGAAAUAUUAUCAAAUUACUCUGACUCACUCAACUCUCGCUUUCUCCACAUCAAUUAUCAGAUGUAUUAACUUCCCUGACUCAGUCGAGUUAUUCAAGAUCCCGGAUGUAGACGAGCCGUUUUGAAAGGGACACAUAGAGGCCAGCCAUCUAAACAAUUUUCAACCAAGUCUCUGGCCUGGUCAGAAAUCAGCCUCAAUUUUGCUCUGGCCGAAUAGAUUUGACUUCUAAAAACUACUUUUUGAGGCCAGAAACUCGUCACCGCCCACAUCAAAGCUCUCAAUAUCAGUAAUGCCCCUCUGUCUCAAGCCCGAGAAUCAGUGUCUCACCCGUUUAGCCAAAAUGAUACCAAAUACGGUAACAUAUUGGACGAUGGCAGACUUUGCCAAUCGUGAGACUUUUUCCUUCAUGAUCUGAGGCUUAAUGAUGCCUUCCGGAAAACUUUGCUGCAAGCGGCCAGAAAGAAACCUAGAAAAUUAACCAACCACGGAAAACAACUUUUACACCGCACGCCGAUUUCAAAUGUAAUAGUGUUUUAUGUCACGGAGAGAAUUAUGGGAAAUGAUAUGUUGGGGAGGGUGGGUAGGGAAAGAUGUAAACAGCAUUAAAGGCACACACAUAUAUCUGUCUGGAUUUGCAAAAACAUGGCUACAGAAAUCUCUCUUAUGUACCGUCUGACUGAGCCUUGUAGUGGAGCAUGUUUUUUUUUUUCAUCGUUGUUUUUUAUUUAUUUAAUCGGUAUCGGAUAGGCCACAGUAGAUAGACUUUGAUUAGUUUCUCUCUGGCUAUUAACCUAUUGUUUUUCGUAACUUCCCAUAAUUCUUUCGUUAUGUCAGUUUGAAAUCAGCGCGCUUAUUGGACUGAACUCGGCUCUCAUAGUGGGUUGUCUUAAGAGUUUUUUUGGCUGCCUUGAGCAAAGUUUUCCGGGAGGCAUCAUUAAUAAGCCUUCUGAAAGAACAAUUCUCACCUCUGGCAAAGUCUGCUGCGUCCAAUGUCUUCUGGUAUUUCGUCUCAUUUCGGGCUACACUUGUGAAAGACUGAUCCCGGGCUUGAGACGGAAAGAUUGGAUAUUGCGAGCUUUGUUGUUGGCAGUAACAAGUCUUUGGCCUCACAAAGUAGGUUCUAGGGUUGAAAUCUAUUAGGCAAGAUGGAAAUUCAUGCUGAUUUCAGAGCAGGCCAAAGACUUAGUAAAAAAUUGUGUGGAAGGUGGGGGCUGUAUGUCUCCUUUUCAACCGCUGGUUUACAUCGGGGAUCUUGAAUAUAUCGACUGUCAGUGAGUCGAGAAAAGUUCCAUGUGACGAUUUAUGUGGAGAAAGCGAGAGUUUUACGGAGUAAUUUGACGAUGUUUCGCCCGUGUUAAGAGUAGAAAUAUCAUGGGUGGUUGUGAGAAGUGUUGUGAUUGCCGCGAAAGUCAUUUAUUGUGUGAUUUACCGAAAGUGUUGACAGACAAAUCUCAGGUAUGUGCGGUUGAGCUCGUGUUACUAGAAUACUUUGUGUCAAGCGUGAAAACGCUUCGUGAGUGUUUAGAUUAGGUGAUUUUGUCUUAGAAAGCCUAUUCUGUGCUCAGAGAGUGUGGAUUAUUAAUCUGUUUUCGGCCGACACUGAGCUGUGGGCCUUAGGCUUUGACUGACUAAAAGAUUACAAUUUCUGGACGUUUCAAAUGUUGUUUAUUUCAUCGCAAAAUCCCGUUAUUUCUGCAAGAGAACUUUACCGUCUAUUGCCAGCAAUAAUGCUGUCAUUGUUUAGCUUCAGCUAGUGACUUUUAACUGCUUCCCAUUCCACUUAGAUGUCAAAUAGUUAAAAUGCACUUGGAAUUUCUUUAGCCACGUUUUAACAAAUCCAGACAGAUAUAUAUAUAUAUAUAUAUAUACGUUCUACUCAAAAAACAAAUAUAUAUAUAUAUAUAUAUUUAAGGCAAUUUUUACUUUCACUGGUUUCAGUUCAUUUGUGCUAUGUAUAUAUAUAUGUAUAUAUAUACAUAUAUAUUUGGUCUACUGCAGCUUGUUAAGAGCGACUUUCUGUAAACAACACGGAUAGGUGUGCAAGAUGGUAAAUUUUCAAAAGGAAAAGCAAUUUUAUUGUGCGAAAGUGUGCUAUGAACUUCUUGACUACAACACUUCCCUUACAUGCCUAUUUGUUUACUUUUGCCGUAUUUGUAACACUGUUAUCAUAUAAUUAUAUGUACAAAACGGCUUUAGUGUCGGUAGCUGCGGCUCUCAUUUCUCAUACAUACAAACAAAUCGAUCGUUAUAGCUAUAAAAAAGGGAAUACAUUUUAACCUACCUCACAUUUUUUUGCCAACAGACCCGAAUACUCCCUUUAGCGAAACGAGGGAUUGCGUGACAAAGAACUUUAAAACCCAUCCGUAGUAUUUACAGAAAGUCGCUCUUAAGGGUUUUUAUACUGAAAACAUAAGGGGAAAAAUGGCCUAUACGGAAAAUGAAACAGUUGCUCAAAAAUCCUGGAGGUACCUUUUUGCAAAUCCAGACAGAUAUACAUGUAUAUACAGAUCCUCUCUUGCAGAUAAUUAUUAAGAUUUGCUCCAUGUAUUAUUCUUCUAGUUAAGAGGAUUCUUUGGACUGACAAGCCAACUGGUAAGGUGCCAUCCUAUAUAUUAAAAAUUACUGAAAACAUUUACGGUACUCGCGUGAUUUACGACCUCUGAACUUGCAGUUGUAUUGAUGAAUACAAGCGAGAACUUAGACAGCACUUGAAACUCUGGCGCAAAUUCGCCCCUUUUCCGCCAGUUUAAACACCAAAAACGAGUUUAGAUUUCACAGUGGUAAAUUUUCAAAAGGAAAAGCAAUUUUAUUGUGCGAAAGUGAGCUAUGAACUUCUUGACUACAAUACUUCCCUUACGUACGUAUUUGUUUACUUUUGCCGUAUUUGUAACACUGUUAUCAUAUAUGUACAAAACGACUUUAGUGUCGGUAGCUAUUCUAUUCGGCUCUCAUUUCUCAUGAAACAAAUCGUUAUAGCUAUAAAAAAAUAAAAGGAAAACGUUUUGACCAGGCGGGGGGCGGGGGGGAAGAGACGAGGUCUGGGACCGAGAAACGAUGUUCUCACAUCUUGAAAAGCGGUCACCCUGCGUGAUGGUCAGCGGAUAAUUGCAGUAUGUUUCCCACAGUAAAUAUUUUUAGACUUUUUAGAAGCAAGAAGCCAACCGGCAGAGGAAACCAGAUAAGCUUAAAAAUUUGAAAAAAAUAAUAUCAUGCAUCUUCGUUUUUCUUGCAUAUCGUAUUUGCCUUUCGGUACUGAAAUUGCGGGGGAACUAAAACGCAACCGUGUUAGAUCUUAACCAACCACAACGCGCUCGAUUGAUUUAUUUAUAGGUUUCAUCGUUUUUGCCGGGCGAGGAUAACUUGACGCUGAUAAAAAAUUACUGGAGCAAGUGUCACAUUUAUCGGAAGCAAUUUUUUUCAAGAGAGCUUUAUGAAUAUGAGCUUACAGCUCUACAUAUCAUAACUGAAUAAAAAUGAACACUUCAUAACAUUUCACUUCGUUUAUUUCGAUCAGUCAACACCUUGAAUCCAAAGUUAAAAUUCAAACGAUUCUAAUAAACAAAUCACAACUACUACUGAAAGCUCUGUGUUUGCAGCAAAACACUGCUCGAUAGCUUAUCUCUUCAGCGGUUCUUAACAGCUAUACGUAGCUACAUGUUGCAUAUUCCAAACUCGGCAGAGGGAAAUUGUUUAACAGAAAAAGAAAACCACACACUAUGUCUGAAAAGCGACAAAGCGAAUAAAUUUGCAAACUACCAAAAUAUAAUAGUGAGAAACAGUCCGCCUUCGACCGCCAUGUUUUUGUUUCUUCUCAAGACCGUUAUCUGUGGUUUUUAAUGUAAUGCGCAUGAUCAGUACACAAAUCCGCUGGCAAGACCCUUGCUGAUCGCUAACAUCGCCGUUUGGAUUUCAUUUAAGAGAAUGUAUGGGAAGUAGCCCCCCCCUGAUUUUACCAACCUCACAUUUUUUACCAACAGACCCGAAUACUCCGUUCAGCGAAAAGAGGGAUUGCGUGACAAAGAACUUUGAGACCUAUCUGUGAUACUAAGUUACAGAAAGUCGCUCUUAAGGGUUUUUGUACUGAAAACAUAGGGGAAAUCAAAGGCUCCUAGGAGCGAGCUCAUGGAUGAAUUGAAUCGUAAACGAGUAUUGGUGCAAAGUGUCACUGCUCUUAAAUUUUGCGAUUAAAUUUCGUUAUUAUUGACAACCGAAUGUUGAAGAUUAUCACCUCUGUAUUUAUAGUAACUAGAAGGCUUGAGAAUAGUUCAGUUUUGAAAUUCAUUUGUUUUAAACUGCUUGGGCACUGUAACAUAUUCACUUUCCUCCUUAGUUUUUUAGCUCAUGGAUGACGUAUUCAUGCCAUGGGCUUUUGGAGGCACUCGAAUGGAACUCGAUCACUCACUCACUCACUCACUCACUCACUCGAUUCUCAUUAAUUUAUUCAUUAAAGUUACAUUAACACUUUACUCUCACCUCCUUUACUUAGUAUUACUUUUGUUCCAAGUGCCUUUUACGAAUAUGUUUGGAAUAUUCUAGGGGGUACUAGUAAAGCGUAUUUUUUUCCCCGACACAUCAGUUAUAGAGAUGGGUUUUGUAUAAAUGGGAAUAUUCUAAAGAACACUGAUAAUAUCAUCUGCAAAAAAUGGACUUAGAAUUCUGAAAAGGACAUUGGAAAAAUUGAGCGUGGAUCAUUGUUGUAUAUUUGGACGAAUUGUGCACAUUUGUUCCCGAUAUUACUCGAUAUGGAGAAGAUGCGAUCGACAGGAGUGUGAAAGAGCUAUCACAGCUUGACGAUGGGAUUUCGUUCAGCGAAAAGAGAAUAAGCCAAAGAGCCUUAUAAUCACUGCAAAAAAACGGUCCUCGAAUUGUUAAAGCGACGUUGAGGAGUAUCUAAUGUGGUUUAUUGUUAUUUGGAGGAAUCCAUUAGACCAUUUGUCUUCGUAUGCAAACAGGGAAUGAUUUAAUGUUGUAUCAAGUCCUCAAUUUCCUUGAGGAUUUUAUAUCACUUUAAUACAUCAAAGUUCACUUUGAUAGUAAAAAAAACUUCAUUAUUAAUUAUAACGAUAACGUUUCUUAUUUAUUAUAUUUUUUUUUUUCUUCAUUGGCAAAAUGGCGUUUGUAUUUUUUGUUGUGUGUUUUCCACAUUUGUCAUGCACUAUCACCAAAGGAAAACAAAACAAAAAAGAACAACAAAUUAAAACAACAACAACAACAAAUUGUAUUAAUUUUACAGAUAUUCAUUCUAUAUUUUUUAUAUAUUUCUCUCGAGACCGUGCAAAUAAUGAGACAGAGACAACUUUCUUAUCAGCAAUUCAGACUCUAACUUGAACAAUGGUUACUCUUGUAAAGAGUAGUAUGAAAUUGAAUUAACCCUAUUCAGACUGGGCUUUUUUGGUCAAUCUGUGACUGGGGGGGGGGGCGCUCCUCGGACCCCCCUCUGUAUCUCUGGAACCAAUAAUGCUAGGGUCAUGAAAUUUACACACAAUGAUCAUCUCCGUACAAAGAAGCCCCACACUCAGUUUUGACUUGCCACGCCCAAUGAUGACGUCACAGUGACGUUAUAUUCCGAUUUUUCAAUGUUUCUUAGUAUUUUUCCACUUAGAUACGUAAAAUAUCAAUAAUAUUGGUAAAGUCAUCUCUUUUUUAUCCUUUCUUAUGAACUAGCAACAAGGAAACACUUGUACAGCGAGAAAAAGCAAUAGGAAGCAAUAAAAUUUAAAAUUUGAAAUGGUUGUCCGCCAUCUUGGAUCUGCCAUCUUGGAUUUCCGUUUUUUUGUUAAAAUUAUAAUUUAAAGCAACUUUCAAAGGGGAAAAAGCUCAGAAUGUAUAAAAGAAGUAUCAAACUAAUGUUUAUUACCCAAACAAAUGACUUUGGAAGUGUUAUUUGAAAAAUAGAGCCGCAUAUUUGUCAAAGCAAAAAAGUGACAAAUUUUACCCCGCCCCUCCCCCCCAAAUUUUCGAUGUUGAAACAUUUUGAUGUAAUUCAAAAACUAGUCCCAAGCAAAGACCAUUUUAACAACAAAAAGCACCACAAGUGUAAAAACGCGAUCUUAAAAUAAAAAAAUCACCAUUUUUUAAAUUUUCCAAAACCUAUGUGUCAGAAACUGGUUGCCAUGGCAACAUGAUUAAUCACAUGGACAUGGUAAUUAUACCAAAAUGUUCCUAGAUAAAUUUUAGGAAAGUCAGAAAAUUUGAACGUCAUAGCUCUUUCGGUGUAGGAGUUAUCACGAUUUUGCCGGAGGGGGUCUGAAUAGGGUUAAGUAGUAAAUAAUCCAUCCUGUUUUUUUUUCUUUUCAAGGACGCUUGAUCACUUUAAUACUACCGAAAAGAAAAAAAUUAAAAUGAUCGUAUACCUGUAUGUGGAGCUUUUAGCAUGUUUGACACAGCGUAAACGUCACUCUUUAUUAUUUUAGAUUCAGUAGUUGCAGGAACAGAAUCCCCUUAUACAGGUGGGUAUUAUAGAAAAGAUGUUGUUUUAUUCAUUCAUUCAUCCAUUUAUGCAUUCAUUCAUUCAAUUGUUCGUUCAUUCGUUCAUUCAUUCACUCAUUUUGAUCGUUCGUUCGUGUGCUCUUUCGUCCGUUCAUCUAUUCGAUUCAGAUCUUCAUCUAUCCAUAUUGUCUCCUAUUCGUCCGCUCAUCUAUUCAUUCUUUAAUUAACUGAUUAAUUUAUUUAACCUUAUCAGAUGACAACAAGCCGGGCAAGGCUGUCAUCAUUUUAGUUGCAGUCGCCGCUUUCGUGUUACUUCUUUUGGCUCUGUUCGGUUACUGGUACUUUCAUCACCAACGUGGAAAAUCGUACUACACAGGUUAGGGUAACAUGUAUACAAAGGGAAAGCCUUUAACUUGAACGUUGGACCAUGAUAUAGUAGUAUCAACGAGGUUUUCAAAAAAAGAACACAAAUGAAUGAUUUAAAGUAUAAACCAAAACACGUGGUUGUGAAAAAGAAAUGCACGUACUACAUAGCUCUUGCGCCGGCGCUAAAACAAUACCGGAGAGGGCAUCUGUUAACGUUGUACGUGCAAUCACCUUUUCCCGCCCCCACUUUGACCUGUUUGGGCAGUUUAUAAAUGGCAGUUGGUGUCCAAAGGGAAGCAUUUGCCAUCUAAAGUAUUCCUUUUAUCGUCCACCGAAACCAUUCCCCCAGAAAUAAUUUUCCCGUAGAAAUCCCGUAAAAAUUUUCCUGUAGGAGUAUUUUAUGGAAAAACCAAUUUACUGUUAGGUCGCACAACUACUCACCUGUAUUGCUUCGUGUAUUAUAUGGCCUUUUUUAAAAUUUUAUUUUUUUGUAUUUAAAUUGGUAAUCUGAUCUAGAAUCAAGAAAUUAAUAAACGGUUUAUUUUAUUCUUAAAGUCUUUUGUUAUUUGCAAUUUCAUUACAGACGUUAAAGAUACGGAAGUCGAAUUUGAUGCUUUCAUCAUAUACAGCACAGCAGACGAGGAGUGGGUUAAAACGACACUACUCCCAAUUCUUGAAGAAAAGAAUGCUUUGAAGUGCUGUGUUCACUACAGAGAUUUCGUACCUGGAAAGCCUUUUAGAGAAAAUAUGGCAGACAGUGUUUACAAGAGCAGGAAAACCAUUGCUGUGGUAUCACGACAUUUCUUUAGAAGCAAAUAUUGUCAUCAUGAAAUGGAUAUGGCUUUAGGACGAUUAGUCGAGAGAGGAGACAAUAGUGUAAUCGUCAUUAGACUCGAUGAUGUCGAGGGAAGGAAACUCCCUAAAGCACUUAAAGAAAGGAGCUAUAUCGAUUAUUUCAAGUCAAAUGACAAGGAAAUGUGGGCGAAACAACUGACCCAUUGUUUGAAAGACCCCAUUCAACCGAGUGUUGUACAAAAUAGGUUCGUCUGACCAUAGUUAGUAGAGGAGACUGGUUAGGAAAGCCAGCAAACAUCAAAGUUGAAAACAACGGUGGUGUAGGUUAUGUUGGAAGCUCCCUGACCGUGCACAAUCCUUUGUUUUUUGUUCACAAAUUGUAACUGAAUAAACUAAAUGCAAUUCAAAUGUGAUUUGUGCGAUGCAAAUUAUAUCAGUUACACGUGCCGCCACCUCCAUCAGCGUGUAGAGAAUACAAACAUUCCGUUAUUGGCGGGCAGUUCUUGGAAAAACAAAACUUAAAACGUAUGGAUCUUAACACAAACUUUAAGGUCCGCAGGAAAUGCCGAGGGAAGCUUGAGUGUUGGAUCUUCGAAAUGCUUAUCAUCAGAAACACAAGACCUACAUUAAACUCCCAAGCGGACUCCAGGGCGAAACGGUUUAUUUAAUUGUUAGUCUGUUCCAUUUUCACGCCUCGAUUUAACUUUACAUAUUCCUGACACUUUCUUUUUUCUGUACAAAUCAAUUCAUGCUAAUUUUCUUCGCAUUUGA